CAGGCAGGAGUGUGCGUCAGCAGCCAAUCGGGUUGCUCGUGUCUGGAAGGGGCGCAGGGAGCUGAGACGAACCGAGUGACAGCGUCUGAUUCCCGGGGAAGAACAUCACGGAUCGUCCGUGGAAAAAGGACCCUACAGAACAGCCAAGAUGCCUAACAAAACCAAGAAGGAGAAGGAAACGACCAAAUCUUCCAAGAGCAGCAUGAAGAGCAGUAACAGCAGCAGCAGCAGUGGAGGGAAGGAGGCUGCUGCUACUGAGAACGCAGAUGAGUCCCAGCAGCAGCAGAGUGGCAGUAAGCGUCCCAGUAACAGCACGCCUCCACCCACUCAGCUCAACAAGAUCAAAUACUCUGGAGGUCCUCAGCUGGUGAAGAAGGAGCGCCGCCAGAGCUCGUCUCGCUUUAGCCUGACCAAGAACAGAGAGCUGCAGAAACUACCUGCACUCAAAGACUCCCCCCUGGUUGAGCGUGAAGAGUUGUUUGUCCAGAAGCUUCGUCAGUGCUGUGUGCUGUUCGACUUCGUCAGCGACCCGCUCAGUGACCUUAAAUACAAAGAGGUGAAGAGGGCGGGGCUUAACGAGAUGGUGGAGUACAUCACACACAACAGCGACGUGGUGACAGAGUGUAUUUACCCUGAAGCCGUGCUGAUGUUUUCUGUGAACUUGUUCCGGACUCUUCCUCCGUCCUCCAAUCCAACCGGAGCUGAGUUUGAUCCUGAGGAGGAUGAGCCCACGCUGGAGGCUGCCUGGCCUCACCUGCAGCUCGUAUAUGAAUUCUUCCUUCGCUUCCUGGAGUCUCCAGACUUUCAGCCAAACGUUGCCAAAAAAUACAUCGACCAAAAGUUUGUACUCUCGCUGCUGGAGCUGUUUGACAGUGAGGAUCCCCGAGAGAGAGAUUUCCUCAAGACCAUCCUCCACCGGAUCUACGGAAAGUUCCUCGGCCUCCGUGCCUACAUCCGCCGCCAGAUCAACAACAUCUUCUACAGAUUUAUCUAUGAAACAGAACAUCACAAUGGCAUCGCUGAGCUUCUGGAGAUACUGGGCAGCAUCAUCAACGGCUUUGCUCUCCCUCUCAAAGAGGAACACAAGAUGUUUUUAAUCCGAGUUCUGCUGCCGCUUCAUAAAGUCAAAUCUCUGAGCGUCUACCACCCCCAGCUGGCGUACUGUGUGGUCCAGUUCCUGGAGAAAGACAGUAGUCUGACAGAACCGGUGAUCAUGGGUCUGCUGAAGUUCUGGCCAAAGACUCACAGUCCGAAGGAGGUGAUGUUCCUGAACGAGCUGGAGGAGAUCCUGGAUGUCAUCGAGCCAUCAGAGUUUGUUAAAGUCCAGGAGCCGCUCUUCAGACAGCUUGCCAAGUGUGUGUCCAGCCCGCACUUCCAGGUUGCAGAGAGAGCUCUCUACUACUGGAACAACGAGUACAUCAUGAGUCUGAUCAGUGACAACGCCGCCAAGAUCCUCCCCAUCAUGUUCCCCGCCCUCUACAAGAACUCCAAGAGCCACUGGAACAAGACGAUCCACGGUCUGAUCUACAACGCUCUGAAGCUCUUCAUGGAGAUGAACCAGAAAUUGUUUGACGACUGCACGCAGCAGUACAAGGCCGAGAAACAAAAAGAGAAAUAUAAGCUGAAGGAGAGGGAGGAGAUCUGGCACAAGAUUGAAGAGCUGGCCCGGCAGAACCCCCAGAGCAAUAAGCUUCACCCUCUCCGUCCUGGACUCCAUCCACAGGAUGAGUACAUGCUGUACAGUGACAGUAAUACUGUGACUGUGUACUCGAUGGAAACAGAAACCCCGACAGCUGAAGAUAUCCAACUGCUGAAGAAGACGGUGGAGAGCGAGGCCUCACAGGGUAUGAAGGACCUGAAAAAGGACAAGGUGCUGAUGAGGAGGAAGUCGGAGCUGCCGCAGGACGUCUACACCAUCAAAGCUUUGGAGGCUCACAAGAGAGCCGAGGAGUAUCUGACAGCCAAUCAGGAGGCGCUCUGACGGGGGGAGGCGGCCCCCUCUGAGCCUGACUCGGCCCCCCUCCUGUACGUCUCUUUGGGGAGGAAGUUGAAGCUGUCAUGGACAAACUGGUCCCGGGUCAGAUCAGGAUGGAGCUGAUGCUGCGUUCAAAGAAAAGAAAACAAAAAAAAACACACCUCCUCACCUCUGACCCCUGGUGGCCAAUCACAUGUAGGACACUGUAGAAGCUCUGUCUGUCCCACGUGCUGUCUCGGUGUUUCAGCGGUCAUGUGACGAUGACAUCAUCAGCUUCAUGUUGCACUAACACCUUCGACACCUUCACCUGCAAAUAUCUGCUGCCGUCUGUGUAACCGAUGCAGUCGGGGCCAAGAGACUGAGGUCCCUGCACGCAUCACGACACGCUGUUUUCCACUGUUGAGACUAAAGCCUGGUUUAUACAGCUACAUCAAAAAUACGCCACACAACGCCAAAAAACAUUGGGUUAUCCACUGUAGAAACAAAAGCCUGGUCUAUACUUCUAUCUCUAAAAUAAGUGACAACCAACGCCAAAAAACAUGGUGUUUUCCACUGUAGAGACUAAAGCCUGGUUUAUACUUCCACAUCAAAAAUAAGCAACAACCAAUGCCAAAAAACAUGGCCUUUUUCACAGUAGAGACUAAAGCCUGGUUUAUACUUCGAAGUCAAAAAUACGCCACAGCAAAUGCUAAAAAACAUGGCGUUUUCCACGGUAGAGACUCAAGCCUGGUUUAUACUUCUACAUCAAAAAUAAGCCGUAACCAACGCCAAAAACAUGGUGUUUUUCACUGUUGAGAUUGAGCCUGGUUCAUUCUUCUACGUCAGAAAUAAGCCACAACCAACGCCAAAAAUCCUGCUGUUUCCGCUGUAGAGACGAAUGCCUGGUCUAUCCUUCCAAUGUCAAAAAUACCACAACAGCACCAAAAAACAUGGUGUUUCAUCUGUAGUGACUUAAGCUUGGCUUAUACAUCCAUGUCAAAAAUCCAAGGCCAAAAAAAAGUGCAUUUUCCACUGUAGAGACUAUAGCCUGGUUUAUUUUUCUACGUCAAACAUAAGCCACAACCAACGCCACAGAACAUGGGUUUAUCGCUGUAGAGACUAGCCUGGUUUAUACAUUUGAGUCAAAGCUAUGCUGUAUUGAACGUCAAAAAACAUGGCAUUUCUCACUGUUGAGAUCAUAAUGGUUUAUUCCCUUUAUGACAAAUCUGUGCUGCAAGGAACGCCAAUAAGCACAGUGUUUUUCACUUCAGACUAAAGACUUUUAUUUUAACAUAGGUCCACAACGACUGCAGUCACCAGGGUUUCCUGCACACAGACGAGCUGUUAAUGUCGUGGGGGGACUAGAAAGAAAAUGGCACUGCGGACUCGUGUUUACACAAGUAUGUAGUGGUCAGGACAGUGUUGACCACGGUGGCAUAAAUUGGAUUCUGAAGUAUAUGCCAGGCUGUAACAACAAAAACUACCAGAUGGUCUGAAUCGUCUCCACUAUACAUCUAAAUUUACCAAAUUGUCUUUAUUCAGUCUCCUUUCAAAGGCUGGUUUAGAUGUCUAUGUCCUCGUUGAGUUGAUUAGCAGCAGAAACAGCUGACUGUUAUUCGAACAGUGAUGGAAAUAGACAGCGCCCAUUAAAUUACCAACUCUGCAGUCAGAAAAAACAGUCGGAGAGGUCAUCCUGCGGUUUUCUCUCAGCAGAAACUGAACCGAAGAAAACCACAUGGAAACAAAGAAACAUCAGAAGUCACUGCUUCUGUCCUCAAAACAAAUACGACAGACGUUUAACGCCUUUCUCUGACACACAGUGGAAACACAACCAAGAAUCCAGAAUGUUCCAGGAUCCUGCAGUAGGAAUAAAAGCUCCAACACACCUGAACGCAGCACCUGUGAUUUAACUGCCUCGCUUGGUCCUCCUCACACACGAAACCCGCCCCCUCAACGUGACAUGACCAAUCAUCUGUCAGCAUGUACCCGAGGCGGACUGGAGGCUGAAGCAGCUUCAGACGGACGUGUGGUGAUUGUAGACAUUUUUAUGUAGAUGCAGCAUGGACUCAGUGGAUAUGAUGUUGACGUAUCCGCCGUGUUGGAUAGUGUAUAGUAGCAGGACCGCUGUGUAAACAAAUCAAAGUAGACGUGGAAACUGUGGGUUUCUGAAUAAAAACUCUAAUAUUUACAUUGGCUGAUUUUGAAGAAACAUUUUUUUACUCAGUGAAAAAAAAUUUUUAGACAACUUUUUUGUCAAAAUUCUUGAGAAAAAAAACAGAAUUCUUAUCUAUAUGCUUUGUUAAAUGAUGUCUUUUUGAAGAAGGGGCCGAUAAUAUCGGAUAAUUAUUUUUCCCCUUUUACAGUCAAAGUUAAAGACUUUAUGUUGGAUUUAUAUUUUGUUUGUUUUAUUGAUUAGAAAAUACCUUGAAAAGAAUCUCUUCUUAGAAUUCUGACUUUGAUUUUAGAGUUUUGUAACCUGACAUGCCAGAUGGACUUGUUUCAUACAUCCAUCUGGAAAACCUUCAAUACAAGUGUUUGGGGAAAGGGCAGAGGAUUUGAAAAAAAAUCAGAGUGUGAUUGGAUGAACAUUCUGUUUGUCACAUCUUUAUGAGCCAAUCAGAGCAACAAAACACGUGACGUAGCCGCGACCAAGGUGCGCGUACCAGCUACCGGGGAAUAACGUGAACCAUGAUGACUGUAGACAUGUCAGUACUCGACUUUUGUCUGUUUGACAUUUUUGAAAAGAAAACA